AUGGACAACGAUGAUCAGGUUUUCAACGACGUGUUCAAUUUAUCCAAGGGCGUGUUCAUUACUAUUUUGGUUGUGAUCAUAAUAGUCGCCCUUGGCAUGGUGGCUACGUGCAUCACCCUUCCGAUUGUCCUCUGUGGACUCUGCCCGUGUUGUCACUGUUGCGAAUGCUGCGAUCGAAAGUCUAGAAGGUAG